CUUGUUUCCAAGUUACAUGCGACUGUUCAAACUCAGGCCUCACAAGCGUGCCGCAAAACUUGUCGACCAACAUCACGACCCUGCUGCUGAGAAACAACUCUAUCUCAGAUCUGGGCGACGGAAGUUUUAAGAACUACACACGUCUCCAGCGUCUAGAUGUCUCCGACAAUCAAAUAAGUCACCUCGGACGGGACGCGUUCGUCGGGCUUUCUCAACUGAGCUACCUGGAUUUGAGGAAUAACACUUUGGAGAUGCAAAGGGAAACAUUCGAGCCGGGAGUUUUUGCGCCCCUUGCAGCAUUGGCUGUGCUGAAGCUGAACAAGAACACCAAACGGGUUUUCGAACCCGCCUACGUGUACCCGGAUGAAGCGUUGUCCGAGCUGAGAAACCUCACAGACCUGCACAUAGACGGGUUGCCGCUGGCUGUUUUCGGUCCAGGUUUUAACCGCAUGACGUCGUUACGCCGGCUCGUGCUGUCGGGGCUCGACGAGGGCUACUGUAAGAUGGGCUUCCUGUCGAACGACACGUUCAGCAAUGUUGCCCAGCUGACUUAUCUCAACGUCAGCGAUUGCUCCAUUCUUGUCAACGGUUCUGGAAUAGAUGCUUUCGCCCCUUUGCAGAACCUGGAAGGGCUGGACGUGACCUUUAACCUCAAACUCGGAUUCAAUCAUCUCGCCGAUCUUUUACGGCCGUUGAACGAUUCAAAUCUCACCUGCCUGACGAUGACGUCGAUAAACAAUAGAUACUCCACCGGAGAGGCUGUGACGUCAUCGUUUGCGUCAAGCCUGCCGAGGAAACUUGAGUUUCUCGUGGCAAGGGAAAAUGCCCUGGAGAUGAUCGAAGACGGAGCCAUAGAGACACUCCCACCGGAUCUCAAAUACAUCGAUCUGGGCGAUAACCGCUUAACUUUCAGCACGUAUUUGAAGGACCUGCCCAUGUUAAAAAACCUCAAGCACCUCAUGCUGAACAGCAUCGGGUACAUCUUUCGAGUCCCCAAAGGCUACCCACCCCCCGCUGAAAGGACAAUUCAGCUACCGUGGGGCGGUUCAUGUGAAGAACCAGGUGAUUGCAUUGACACGGGACGUUUCGAGUUGUUUCUCCCUCCUAAUCUCAAAGUGCUGGACAUGAGUGUUAUGGAUUUGAAAUACAUUUUGUCUGACCUCUUCGUAAACGCUAAUAACUCAUUGCAGAAACUUGUUCUAGAUGACAACUACUUUCCGUCGUUAGAGGGGCCAAUUUACGGACUGGAAAAACUCACCGAACUGCAUCUGAAACACACAUCUGUGUCGAGCAUCAAGAAGGCAUUCUUUCAAAACUUUAAUUCUCUUCAGAAACUUUUCCUUGCACGCAACCGCCUCGGAGCUUUUUUCGAAAAUUCCGGCCAAUCGAACCCAAUUUUCGAAGACUUAAAAAUCUCACCACCCUUGACCUGUCCAGCAACAGGCUGACCAAAUUGCCUGACAAUAUUUUUCAAGGGCUCACCAACCUGGAGCGGUUGUAUCUCAACCUCAACGAGAUCUGGCAGUUGAACGCGACGGUGUCUCACCUGGAGAAGCUGAAGAUUCUGGAAAUGAGCCACACGCAGCAGAACUUCUUGACCAUGGACCUCCGCACACACAUCGACCAGCUCUGCCCCAAAGCGCCAUGCGACCUCCGCGUCGAUCUCUCCCUGAAUCCCAUCAGAUGCGACUGCAGUAACUUCGAGUUCCUGAAAUGGAUGGCCCACUCUGGGGCGUUCGAUCGAAAGUUUGAGAACUACAUGUGCCUGUACCCUGACAGCUCGUAUAAGACCAUCGAGGACGCGUACGAGGAUACCCUGGCCAGUCUGACGCUGCAAUGCGCUGACAACUACCCCGUGUUUCUGGCCGCUCUUGUGGCCACCAUCUUUUUCCUUCUCAUUGUUGCUGGCGCCCUUGUCUACAGG